AUGCUUGUCUACGACUCUCUUCUUUCCGUCCAUUCUGAUGAGACUUUGCUCAUCAUAACACGCCUCCAUUUGGACGUAGCCUACUCUCAAUUUUGCAGUUAUUUGUCAAAUAGAUCCCUCAUUAGGGCUGUCUCUAUCCUCUGCCAUUUGUUUUACUUUCAUUUUUCUAUUCUGUUCUCUUUCAUCACAUUUGGGCAUCGUUCCCACUCCAGGACCUGCUUCGCACAAUGCCGCACAACAUCUGCUUCAACUGCCUCGACUCUACUGGCACCGCUCGGCUUAGGCGGAUUUUGCGUGCUCUUGCUUGGUUAUACGUUGACAUUGGUUACUGCCAAGGGAUGGGAACGGUAA